AAAAUCCAGGAGCUUCCGGGGGCUUCGCCCCCACACCCCCUGCCUCAUAAAGUGGCACCCCCCGUAACUGCAAUUCCUGGAUCCGCCCCUGCAUGAUUCGAGUUUCUCUAUAGGUCAGGUGUGUUAUAGUUCAUGAUAAUUCGAGUUUCUCUAUUUCUAUGGAUGCAGUGUGUUAUAAUUCAUAAUGAUUCGAGUUUCCCUUUAGUUAUAGAUCCGGUGAAUUAUAGUUCAUAGCGAUUCGAGUUUCUCUAUAUUUCUAUAGGUCAGGUGUGUUAUAAUUCAUAAUGAUUUGAGUUUCUCUAUUUCUAUAGAUCCGGUGUAUUAUAGUUCAGAAUGAUUCGAUUUUCUCUAUAUCUAACCAUCUGGUGAAUUAUAAGUCAUAAUGAUUCGAUUUUCUCUAUACCGGUAGUUAUAUAUUCGGUGAAUUAUAGUUCAUCAUGAUUCGAGUUUCUCUAUAGUUACAGGUCAGGUGUGUUACAGUUCAUAACCAAGUUUGGUUUGAACAUUUGGAAUAAAGUCUUUCUGUUAAUCUUGGGUCUGAAGUUCGCCUUUGGAACGGAAUUGGAAUCAUCUCGAGUCGUACCAACCUUAACCCCCACACCGCUUUGAAAAGUUUCUGGAUUUAAUACUUAACUACAUGUAAUUCAGUAGUAUUCGUGUUGAACAGAUUGUUAGACUACUGUAGAAUGUUGUAUAUGCGGGUGUGUCCGUGUUGUGACAUCAUUACCUGGGUAGAGAGAGGGCCCGGGGGGCAAGACGUAACAGAUCGACGUCACGUGUACCCAUGAUCACGCAUACACAGGAACAAGUACACCACGCAAAAGGUUUCUUGAUAUGUCGAGUUCAGUGAGCUUCCUGAAAACCGGAUCUUUGAUAUUCAACUUGCUUGUGUUUUUGUCAGGAUCGGCGUGCACGGCUCUGGGACUGUACAUCCUAGUUUCUGACUAUGGACCGAGGACGCUGUCCGGAGUUCUGGGGAACGAGCUCUAUCACAUUGCCGCCUAUGUGGCUAUUGCAGGGGGCGCCUCCAUCGUCAUUAUCUCCCUGUGUGGCUGUGUGGGUGCCGCCAAGGAGAGCAAAAUCAUGCUGGCCUGUUACUCCAUUCUGAUGACAAUUGUAUUCAUUGUGUUUCUUACAAUUGCAAUCCUGGUCUUCCUAUUUCUGGGACAGACGUCACACCAAACGAAGGAGUCCAUGAAGACGGUACUGAUAGAGAAGUACGGGGUGAACCAAAAGGACCCCGAGAAUCGCGUAAUUACGGAGAUGUGGGACUUCCUACAAAAACAACUGAAGUGCUGUGGUGUGUCUGGGGACGCAAAUUCGACCGACUCUUGGGCAAUCUACAAGACAAAAUCAGAAUGGUACAGAUCGCGGGAAUCCGACGGUCAACUUGUAAGUGGUCAGUUAGUCCCGGAAAGCUGUUGCAGCCCGGACGGUGAUCUUAAAACAUGUUCCGGAGUGUCACCUUUUGAUGGGCCGCCACACACUGACCCGCCGUUCAGCGGGCCCUAUAGGAAGAAUCCAAAUAUGUACCACACGGGUUGCUAUGACGAGAUCGUACACUAUAUCCAAGGCCACGCCCUGAUGAUUGGAGGAAUUGCGAUAGCCGCUAUUGUUGUCAUGCUUUUCGGUGUCGUGUUCGGAGUAUGUUUAUGUCGGUCCAUUCGGAGCCGGGGAUACAGAUAUUGAUAUUUAUUAUUUAUACAUUUUAUAUGAGUUUACAUUUGCAAUAAAGCUAAUUUUGUACUACUCUUAAAA